AUUCUGGUCAUACAAUGCAAGUUCUUUCAAAACCGCUUGCAACACAAUAUAUUAUUAAUCGUUUGCGAGUAAAUAUUUGUGAGAAAUAUUUUGUAAGUGCAUUAUAAGAGUUCUAAAUUUCAAGAGUUCUUGAAAAUUGUAUUUGACAGAGAAGCCAUAUUAAGUGGAAAUGCCACUUUUUUUUGCAAAUUGCGGUCCUGAUCAGGUGAUGGCCAUCUCGGGAUGUGGUCAUCACCCAUACAGAAUCAUCCAAGGUGGAAGAGCAUUCAUAAUGCCAUGUUUUCAAAAAGUUCAAAAAAUGCCAUUGAGUAUAUUCACCCUAAAUGUUCAAUCUCCAAAGGCAUACACACAUCAUGGAGUCCCAGUCAUUGUCAGUGGGAUUGCACAGGUUAAGAUCAAUUCUCAAAAUGAAGACAUGUUGAGGCAAGCAUGUGAACUAUUCAUGGGAAAGAAAGCUGCAGAGAUUCGUAACAUUGCAUUAGAAACAAUGGAAGGUCAUCAGCGUGCAAUAUUGGCAAGGAUGACAGUAGAGGAAAUUUACAGGGAUCGGAAGAAGUUUGCCAAAAGUGUGUUUGAGGUUGCUUCUGCUGAUCUGUUAACCAUGGGAAUAUCUGUGAUUAGUUAUACAUUGAAAGACAUCCGAGACGAUGAGGACUAUCUAAAGUCGUUAGGCAAGAGCAGGACAGCAGAAGUGAAGAAAGAUGCUCGUGUAGGAGAAGCUGAGGCAUCCAGAGACUCUGGGAUUAAGACCGCAUUGGCAGACCUCGCGAGAUUGGAAGCAAAGUAUGAGAACGACAUUGAAAUAGCUCGCCAAGAACGAGAUUUCAUGAUAAAAGAUGAAACUUAUAACCGCGAAAUAAAAACUAAAGUCGCCACGGCUGAGUUGGCUUACGAUUUACAAGUCGCUAUUACUAAACAAACCAUAAAAGAAGAAGAGAUGGGAAUUAAGAUCGCAGAGAGAGCUCAAGAGAUUAAAGUACAACAAGAGGAAAUUGCAAGACGGGAGAAAGUUCUUGAAGCGAAUGUUAAACUUCCUGCAGACGCAAGUAAAUAUGAAAUGGAGAAAAUGGCGGAAGCUGAUUUACAAAGAGUUGUCCUUGAAGCAGAAGCCAAGGCCGAGGCAGUCAAGUUGAAAGGCGAAGCAGAGGCUUACGCUAUUGAAGCGAAGGCGAAAGCAGAAGCUGAACAAAUGGUGAAAAAAGCCGAUGCUUGGAAAGAAUAUGAAGAUGCUGCCAUUGUUGAUAUGUUUCUGGAGACGUUACCUAAGGUGGUAGCUGAAGUUGCUGCCCCAGUAGCGUCGUGUGAUAAGAUAACAAUGGUGUCUAUAGGAGAUGGUCCAAUUGGCAUUCAGAAAAUGACCAGGGAAAUACUGGGUGCUGUAAAAGACCUUCCUACGGAGAUGCAUGACUUGACUGGCAUCGAUAUUACCAAGACGGUGAAAGCAAGAAGUCUUUAAAUCCACAUAAUCAUCAUAAAUCCUUUGUGUAUAUAAUGGUGUAAAAAUUGUGAUGGCACAAUAUUUAUAGAAAUACUAAUAGUAUACCCAAUAAUUGAUGUCCAACGAAAGUAUACAAUGAUGCCGUUGGUCUAUAGCAAAGGUUGAUAUGAAAGGUUUUAUCAAAGUCGUCCAAGACAUGCGAAACGCAUGUUCAUUUUCAUGUGACGUAUACAGAAGGAAUAUUAGGAAGGUUAAAAUACAAUAGCGGGAUACGACACUUUUAAUUGAAGAAUAUAUGGGAAUCAACAUUGGGCACAGCUCUGUCAUUACUUUGACCUGAAGGGGCUUUCCGAGGUACUAAUACUAUGGCCUCUUUACACUACUGGGUAUAUCAAAGAGAAGCAACACUUAAUAUUCUAAAAUUCAUAUUGUUCUUAAGCACAAUAGAAUUUUAGGCCUCUGGGACCGGGAUUACAAUGGCUAGUCAGCCUUGUUUUUUUAUGUGGAAAAACAAGGUACAGCAAUUCCGUCCGUUAGACGUUAACGGCAAGCGAAAAUGCUCGGAGAAUCCGGUAUAGAGUGUAAGCAAAGCCUUAACUUUCAACAUUUGAAAGUAUUUAGGGUAUAACAUUAAUGAAAUUAGGGUAUACAUAUCCAAAAUUAUUUAAUCAAUGUAAAUGCGUAAGACGAAUAUGUAAUAAUUAUUAU